ACAGUUCGUUGUGAUGUUUAUGCAAGGGAGGUAGCGUGAACGUGGCAUUUAUCCGAAAAUUUAUCGUUCAGUAUAUUCGCGAAUUUUGAUAAAUUGUACAUUAGGUAACUACAGUGUUUUUCUAUCGGUUCAUACAGGUGGUAUUUCGUGUUUGUAGUGUGAAAUUAGCGGAUUUCAGUUUUAGUGUGGAUUAUUUCUAAUAAAUUAUUUGACAGCCGUCUUCACAACAGGUUUACCCGGUCGGUUCUGAUGAAUUUGAAUACAAUGGAUUCGUACGAAACACCACCUGCUCGAUCGUCAAAUUUCAGUAAUAAAAAAAGACGCUAUGACUCUCCCUACGAAACCGUUAUGCAGCGAUAAGCAAUCGUUGCCUCUGCGAGCAGCAGGUGGCGUUGCUAAACGAAGACAGGCCUGUUUAAGCGCAGCCUGGGCUGAUCCGCCUAUUAUAAGAAGAGAAAAACGUAGAGCUAUCUGUUCGUGGUCGGUAGGAUACGGUACUCUCACCGAAGCAGACGAAACGUUGUCGGACUGUCAAGAUACCACUAAUUACAACGAAGGAAAAGUGGCUGAACACGCUUCCUUAUUAGAGCCGCGGGGUCGCCGUUUAGUGACUACCUCAAUUGCAGUACCCCAUGCGUCUCAACCGAUCGUUGCAUCACCGAGUACCCCUAUCAUUAAUAGCCACCGUCCCUCACGUACGAGACCAGAACAUUUAUUCGAUAUGCCUGGAAUCAAGUCCCUUUUGGGCGCCAGGCGAAGAAACAACGGUCUAGAAGGACCUAAUUCCCCUUUGGUGGCUAGGAAGGAAAACGGAUCCUCCACCAUGCCUACCGUUAGACCGGCAGCGAGUUUAGCUAGUCUUAGAAAGUGCGAGACUGUUUUGACUCUUACAGGAUAUCUCAGAAAUGCGUCGUCUUCUAGCAGUAUAGAACCACUUCAACCCGUUAACAGAUUAAGAGUAUCGCCUAACGAUUCCCACUUGCGUAUGUGUUCGCGUUGUUCCAGUCUAUUAACUUUAGCUUCGAGUUCGAGAUAUUCUUUAAAUUCUUCAACGGGAGGUUUCGUUGCGGUACCACCCGGCGAACCACCAACGUUAUGCAAGCUCUGCUUGUCCGAGGUGCCUUCGCAGAAUGUCAUGCGGAUCGGGCAGUGUGAGUGUGCCUUUUGCUUAGAGUGCAUGAAGGCUUAUGCAGAAUUCGAAGUAGGCCAAGGUGCUUAUGACAUUUCGUGUCCCGAUGCGCAAUGUUCCUCUCAGGGAAUUUUAAAUGAAGAAGAGAUAAAAAGACUGGUUGGAAACGAUUUAUUAGAUAAACAUAAAAAGUAUCGACUUAAUAGAGAAGUAGAAUUAGAUAAGUCGCGUACGUGGUGUCCUCGAGCGGGCUGCGAAACCGUCUGCAUUUUAUGCCCCCAACAGAAAUGUUCACCGCAAGGGGUGUUAUGUCCCACGUGUACGUCGAAAUUUUGCAGCAAUUGCAAACUUGAAUGGCACGAAGGGCUUUCCUGCGAAGAAUUCGCUAAACAGAUGUCGAAAGAAGGCAAAAGCGAAGAACCCGGAAUACCAUUCGAUUCAGAUCUCAUCAAGUGCUGUCCCAUGUGUAAUGUUCCUAUUGAAAAAGACGAAGGCUGUGCCCAGAUGAUGUGCAAAAGGUGUAAACACGUUUUUUGUUGGUAUUGCCUUGCUAGUCUAGAUGACGACUUCUUACUCAGACAUUACGACAAGGGGCCUUGCAAAAACAAAUUAGGACACUCCAGAGCGUCAGUGAUAUGGCAUCGAACUCAAGUAAUCGGCAUAUUCGCCGGUUUCGGAAUUCUUCUCUUAGUAGCAUCACCGCUUCUUCUUUUAGCCGCACCUUGUAUAGUGUGUUGCAAAUGUCGCGUGUGUAAUGGCGACGAAAAACUGGAAACCGAUGAGGAAAACCCCAUACAGGAAUCAUGAUAUGCGAAUCUGUCGAAAUUGUUGAUAGCCAAAUGAAAAUGUACAGGUUUAGAAAAAGAAAAGUUUUUUUAUAGAAAGUUUAUUUGAUAUUCAUAUCAUGGUAUUUUGAUAAAGCUUUUAAAUUUCGACUGUAUUUUAGAAUUUCAGUUUUUUUAUGAAUUUAAAAGGAUAUAAAGUGAUAUGUGAUACAUUACUGUAGAGGAAAGUUUAUUUUUUCCCUGUACAUUUUUCUUUGUACGAAACUAAGUAAUAAAUAUUCGUUAGUCAUCGUUUGGUGGUUCUAUCAUUGAGUUAUUAGUUUGGUGAUGACAAGUGACUCGAGACGAAAAAAAAAAUAUUUUUUUGAUUAUAUAUUUGAUUUUGAGAUUUUCGUAAUUUAUAAUUCAUAAAAAAAUAAAUUUUAUGGAAAGUAUUAUGACGUUUACAGUUUUGUUGAUAUGACUUUGACGGUAUUUGGUUUUUAUUGUUACCGAGUGUCACAAAAAACUACAUUCAGACCUAUCAAAUUGAUAUUUAAUACAUUAUACCAUAUUAAAUCUAAUUUCAUGUAUCCUCUCUGUUUCAAGGAUAAUUAAAGAAAAAAAAACUUUCUCUCAUUGAGCUAAUAAGAUGGUAAUCUGACUAAAUCCAUCUCUCUUUAAAUAUAAUUUCCAAAAUAAACCCUAUGAAUAACUGUCUAAUUUCCGAUGCCCCUGUAUACUUUCCUAACUAUUUUUCUAAUUUGAGCUUAAACUUUCAUCAUUUAAUGUCAAUAGAUAAUAUUAUUUUUAUGGUUUUGCAGUUUCUCAAGGUGUUUAGAACUUUGUUGGCGGAAAAUCUUACCUUUCCGACACUUACUGUGUUGGAAUUUCUGGCAACGUUGAUAAUCAUAUUGAAUAUACUAUUUCCUACCAUUACACCGACACCCAUAAUCACAUAAACUAUUUGACAUUCGUUUUGAUAAAAAAAUUUUCGAUCUACCUUAUGCCUUUGAAGACGACAAAAUGUUUAUCAAAACACCCUUCAGACAGUUUAAUAGUUAAUGUUGGUGUAGUGAUGGAAUUUUCAUCAUUUUCUCCAAAUUAGUCUUUUCUUUCUUUAACUUGGUCCCAGGGCUUUCUCAACAAUCGAUUGCCAAUCCUUUCUGUCCUGAGUAUGACACCUCUACGUCGAACCUCUAGCUGGAUCAGGUCCGCCUCAAUCAAUACAUGGCUCCUUAACACGCGUCCCAGUCACCUCAGACGCGCCCCCCAGAUGAACGCCACCAAAUCUGGCUCGCCAUAUAUCUGGUCCAACUCAACAUUCCUCCGGAACCUCCAUGCACCGUUCUCGUAAAAACGACCACUAGCAACACGCCACGCCACUCCACGUGUCGAAUAUGUGUGCAUAUGUUUUUCUAUGAUGGCGUGUCGUGUGGUGGGCUGAGUGUGUACACAGAUUAUUGAAUUAAAUGGAAAAGCUUACGCACAGAUAUUCGACUUGUGGCGUGGUGUGUUGUUAGUGGUUUUCGGCCUUUACAUUAUCUGAUGCUUGUUUGGAUAAAAAAGUUAUGCAUAUGUUAAACAGUCUCUGAAGACUACAACCUAAUUAUCUAAACCCUAGUAAAAUAGUGGAAUUGUGAGUCUUAUACCACCUACAAUUCAAGAAAUUCCAACUUAUUAAGCUUCAAUAUUUAUAUUCUGUUAACGAUGCCAUGGCUUUGUGUCUUGUGAGUACUUUUAUUUUUAGUAGUAAGUCGAACCUAAUGGAAGACUGCCAUCAAACAAUGUUGUAGUUAUUAUCAGAUGGUAGGGGUAAAUAUCUUUGUUAAAUGUUAAUAAUAAUGAUUUUUUUCUUCUACAAAGUAAACGAGAUAUAAUUACCUUCACCAGGACGGGUUUUUAUACUUACUACUUACUAAUUUCUAGUUUUUUGGGACACUUGAUACAUAGACAAGGUGAGAGUAUGAAAUAACAUGCUUCUAGUGCGUUUGAAAAAAAACUGUGAUAAAAUUACGUAACGACACUAUUGUGUACUCAUAUAUAUAUAUAUAUAUAUAUAUAUAUAUAUAUAGGUGUAUUAAUACACAAGCGGUCACUUAUUUAUUUUGAUGUACUGUUAUCUCUUAGACUUGGAAAAUUUCCUAUCUUUGAAAAUAAUAUCAUAUGAAGCAAUUUUUUGAUGUAAAUUAGCAAAUAAAAUAUUUCGGUGAUUAUAUACAGAGUGAGGUAUCAUUGGUGCUAAAAACUAUGAAAAACAACAUCAAAUAUUCUUCCUUUAAACUGACUCAUGUCCUUCUAUUUUUAAAAACGUGUUCAAAGUUAUAUCUUAUUAUUAUACAAAUGUCAAUCUCAUAAAUUUUUAAUUUUUGUUUUAUGUAUUUAGGUUAAAAAUUAUUUUUCCCAUAUUAUUUUUGAUUAUCAAUUAAACAAUUUCAAAUUUGAAUAUAUUAUGGUAUUGUACUCCUCAAUUAUACCAUAGGUUUGAACCAUAAUAUAUUUCAAAUAAAAAUUUAUUUCUAUCUUAAAUUCUAUCGUAAGUGAUUUACAUUCAAUCUUCUUCACAUUCAAAGCAAUGAUCUUAAACAAAGUGAUCAAUAAUAAAAAAAUAAAUGUUCAAAAAUAUGGUUUGGGGAGCUUUAUGUAAAUUUUUUACAACUAUGGAGUGAAAAUAAGAUGUAAUGAUAAUUAAUUUCACGCAAUCAAGUACCCCAUCGUAUAGUAAUACAAUUGUGUAUAUAUACCCAGUUUUGUUAAUUUUAUAGAAAAGGGCCUUUGGAUGGUUAUCAAUGUUUUCUUACUCCCCAAUAAAGGUAUAUGGAUUCAACAUAAUCCCCAAUAUUUCUACCAACAAAUAAUAUUAAAAGUCAGAUUAUGUUCAUCCAAAUUUCUCUUCUUCACUUUUAUAACUAAGGAAUCGUCUUCAACAAGGUUAUCCAGAAUUACGUACUAAUUUUUCAAGCAUGGUAGUAUAGGAACUUUAUGUACAAUUUUUUUUGGAACUGCCUCAUACAUGAUAAUUUUUACAUACAGUUAAUGACAAAGAAAUAUGUAACGAUUAUUAAAAUAUAUUCCAUUUCGUUCGAUUUAUAGAAAUUGAACUCUGGGAUAGUUCAUCGUUUUUUGAUAUAGGUAUAUAUAUUGAACUACUCCUUUAAUUUAACAAACUACUUAGUCUUAAUUUGGGGUAUGUAAGAUAAUAACAUGGAAUUAACUAUCCUAUUCGUAAUCACUCCCAAAUUAUGUAAAUGAAGCCAUUAGAAAGAUCUUGAAAAAAAUCAAACUUAAAAUUCUCAUUUUCAAAUUUAAAUAUAUAUUAUAGUAUUAUGCUAAUUAAUGUUAGUAUACGGGCUUAACAUAACCCCCAAGCAUAAAUUUUUUUUAAUAAAAGAAUUACUAAUAAUUGUAACAAAAAAUAAUUUGUAUUAAUAAUAAUAUGACAAGUCAAUGUUUAUCGAAAUGUGUCUUCUUCAUUUUCAUAACUUGGUAAUCUUCUUCAACAAGAUGAUUCAGAAUUAAAUGCUAGUGGGAGUACUGAAUAAACUGUUUACACCACCACUACACCAACACUCACGAAGUUCACCUUCAGUCUCUGAAAGUAUAAUCUUGAGUGUUGGUGUAAACAGUGUGUUUAGUUUGAAUAUCGCCAACGGUUCCAGAAAUUCCAACUUAACUAGUGGGAGUAGAGGAACUUUAUGUACAGUUUUUUAGAACUGAAUAUUAAGAAGUGAAUCUUAAUUUUUCAAAUAUCUGUUUUAAUUAUGGAACUCGUAUUGCGGGAGUGAUCAUGAGACAUUAUGAUGAUUAAAUUCCAUGCUACCAACUACCCCAUACCUUAGGAACACAUGAUAAUUUUUUAAUUCAGUUAAUGACAAAGAAAUAUAUAACAAUUGUUUUUGAUAUGAUUUAAUGUACUCCUUUAAUUUAACAAACUACUCUAAAUUGGUUUGGAGUGUUAUAGGUGGUGACAUGAAACUAAUUAACCUCUUGUCUCAUAAUUAUUCCCAAAAUAUGUGUUAAAAUAUUUUCCAUUCUAUUAAAUUGAAAGAGAAGAAUAGUUGUCACUGACUUUAAUAUAUUUUUUCUUACUUUUUGAAGCUACUCUAUUCAUUUGGGAUGUGGUAGAUAGUAACAUGAGAUUAGUUAUCUUUGUGUGUCAUUAAUCACUUAAAAUAUGUUAAGGAAACCAUUUGAUGCAUUUUAAAAAAAAUAAGAUUUCCUAUUCACCCUUUUAGAAGGUUGUAUAUUCCAUAUUAUUUAGUUUUAGGAAAAAUGCACAUAUAGAUGUACUCUGUGUACUUACUAUCAGAAAUUAUAAAUUGAAAAAAAAAACAUUUAGAAAAUUUGUUUUCGUUUAUAGUAGUAUCUCUUGUAUAUAAUAUUACCAAUCAAUUAAAACUGGAAAUUUGUACCUGAAUGUGCUACAUAUCACAUGAAAAGUUUGAUAACUUUUUAGUUGAGAUAACAGUACUAUUGAAUUUUGAAAUGACUGGCUUGUAUGCUUUACUGAUUUUAAAAUUGGCUUAUUACUGUACAUAUAUUCGAAAUAAUUUGUUGAACGUACGAAAAAUUAAAAUGUAUAUUUUUUCGCUGAAUAAUAAGAAUUUUACUUUGUAAUAGUGGUGCUUAUCCAAGAUUUCACAGUAACGUAAAUAUAAAUGAUGAUAAUAAAAUAAUUAAAUGAUAUUACAUCAUGUCUAGUAAAUAGAAAUAGACAUAGUCGUAACUUAUAUUUUUUAGUACAAAAAAAUUUAAUUCUACAUCUUUGAUAAGCACUAACACGCAAAUUUAUUUUAACCAAUAUGCUUCUAACCGAUUGAAAUGGAUUGAAAAUUAAAAGUCAUCAUCAUUAAGUUUAGUCAAUUAUACAUUUUUAUUUUUCUUGAUGUUAGAAAAUACAUGACUGUAUUUUUUACUAAUAAAAGUCACGAAAAAAGUACAGAAUAUGAUACUUAUUAUUUUAUAUGAAUGUCUUGUCCACAGGAAUAUGAUUUUCAAAUUUUGAGAGAAAUUGAGAUCCUUGGAUGCUUAAUAAUGACAAAUUUUGUCUAGUAUGGGGCAAAAUUUUGUCCACAUAAAAUUUUAUUCAAAAUACUUGAAACUUCUUCAGUUUAUUAGAUUUAUUUAUUUAUUUUCUUGUAUAAAUUGUCUUAAUUCAAUAUAUCGAAAUAUAUUUUUUUUUCAGCUUUUAUAAAAAUACAGUGGAUAGAGUAGACAAAUUACGAUUAAAAGAUUCUUUCAUCUACAAAUCAUACUACUUAGUCCUAGUGUAGAAUUUUUCUUAAAUGAAUGAAACAUUUUAUGUAUUACAUACUAAAAAGCCUUUAUUUACCUCUAAAUACUUCACAAUUUGUUAAAAUCUCAAAUUAAAUGGCUUUAAAGAGGUCGUAUCAUAUUUUCUUCUGUAUAGUCUUUAAACAUAUGCCAUAUCGAUUUUUGAUUCCUUUUCCUUUGAAUAAACGUUUUUCAUUAGUUUCGUUACUGUCAAGGUAAAACAUGUAUCCCUUGUCUGUUUCUUUCCUAAACAAACCCACUAGCUUCUUGGUCGCCUGCGUGAAAAAUAAAAUAGGCCGCCCCCCAAGCAAUUAAAAUACGGUUUCGAACAUCCGCCCCUUGCAAUCGGCCGCCUGCGUGAUGGACACGCAACACCCUACCGGUAGGCCCUGGAUCAGUAUUCUUUAGUAUUUUUAUAUUCACUAGUUGAAAAAAUAAGAUAAUGGACACCCUCAGGAAACCAGCCCAAAGAAAGACCAAAAAGCCAAUGGGAAAGUCGAGUAACAAGUGAUCUGAAUAAAAAGGGAGUCCGUGGAUGGUGAAGUAAUACCCAGAACAGGAUAAAGUGGAGAAAAAUAGCGGAAAAAGUCAAAACAUGGAAUGAAUUUUAGUUAAAAAAAAAAUGGUUAUAACGUGGAUUGACUCACCACAAUAAAUGAUUCAAAGAGCUUUUGAGGGAGCGGUUUCUUUUCCUACUGGAAUGUACAACAUAAAUUUGGAUUCAGAACGUCCUACGACAAUGUCUGAUGCCUUUUUUCCACUCUUUCCAGUCGCUGCAGUUCUCAUCUUACCCUCAUUUAUUUUCUUAUUCCAUUCAUCCAUCAUAAUCUUGGUCUUCCUCUCUCUUUGUUCAUGUAGGAUCCAUUUCAUUAUUUUUUGAGAAUUUUUACACCCUUCGCCCUCCCUAUCAUUGCACGUACCUGUAUCUAAUCAACUGCUUUUCCUGAAUAUGUUCUAUAAUUGUUUCUUUCAGGUUUGCUUUUUUAUUAUGUUGUUUCUGACCCGAUCUAACCAUAACCCUCUAUUUGCUCUUCUUGAGGCGUCCAUUUCCAUUACUUCUAUUUUUUUUUAUUCUCUACGUUUCAAUCCAUAUAUCAACUCUCCUACUCCUAAUUAUUGCAUUAUAGAUUCUCAGUUUUCGCCGUUUCCUUUUUCCAGUAUUCCACAAUACUCCAUGUAAUGAUUUAAUUAUUGUUCUUCCUAAGUUUUUUUUCUUCUUUGUUUAAGUAAUCUCUGUCGCUAGCACAUAUUACCUGAUCAUCCGCAAAGUGAAGAGUGGAUAACCAGGUGUCAUCAUCGAUUUGGAUUCCCAUUUCAUUUCUUCUUCAAAGUUGUUAGAGCUUUUGAAACAUAUAUUUUGAAAAGUGUUAUGGAGAUGCUGCAACCUCGUAUCAGGUCUUUGUUGACUGUGUUUAUGUACCUACUGUAUUGUUUAAAUGGUAUUUGUUAAGAUAAAACUGAUUUAUAAAAAAAUUUCUUAGUAACACAAUUUUUAGUUAUGUUGGUUAGGUUAGAUUAGUUAUGUUGGUAUUACUGAGAUAUUCAUAUUGAACACAGAACCAACACUCACCCAGUUACCCAGAGAACGAUGGUGAACUAACUUUGGUGUCAAAGAUAAUAACCUAAUUGGACAGUGUAGUUGUGAAUGUUGAUAUUGUAGUAGUAAACAUAUUUUCCAUUUAUUCCGUAUGAUACACACCACUGGGUACAGAUUAAAUUUUGACCCUUACAAGGUCGAUGACUAAUAUGAACAAUCCAUUUAUAAAUAAUAAGUAAUAAAAAUGAAAGUGAGCAAAAUAACAGUUUAUGUUUAGAUUAUACAAGUUGAUUCAGAGAAUUCAAUUGUUCGUAGUUGCUAAAAAAUAUUGUUAUAAAUAAGUUUAUCGAAUUUUCACAUAGUGUCUCAUUUCAUUAUUAUAUAAAAAAUUUCUAUAACUGAGUAAAAAGGGAGAUACUUUACUACUACUGACACUACGGCACUCAAAGAACCUUGGUCUCGUCCACCAUAUUCCUCCGUCAUCACGGUCCAACGCUUGUCGUCUCCACCCCCUCACACCUAGAUCCUUUUCGACAUCUAGGAACUGGGUAGGAAAUGGGUUUUAUUCACUAGGAUGGGGUAGAAAGUUUAAUGACCGCGAAAAAGGCCAAGACUGUCAUGGAGUCUUGAAUGACGUCACACCUCGCAAAACAGCUGUGUUAGUUUAUGACAGUCAAUUGUGUUUUUUAAUAAAUAAUGAAUUCCUCUUAUUAUAAAUACUAUAUAGUGCCUCAAUGUGAAAGUACAGCGAUAAAACGCCAGAAAAUGAUUCAUAUAUGUUCCAACAAUAAAGAAACACGAAGAAAGUGGUUAAAAAUGGCAAAGAGGUAAUAUGCUCUUACUUUGUGGAAAUAAGCCUAUUAUAUGGGCAUUGGUACUGUAUUAAAAUAUUUUACACAUAUUCUAAAUUAUCCAAUUUAUUCCAUUUCACAAUCAAAUAAGUUGUACAGGGUAAGUUGGCCCAUGUAAGGUGUGGCAUUUAAAAAAAUGAAUUUUUGUUAUUUACAAAAUUUGAAACUCGCACAGUAAAAAAAGAUUCUAGACUCGAAAAUCACGAAAAUUCAAUAAACCUUAGUUUUCUGUUUGAAAAUUCAUUUUCAUUUAAAGUUGUUUUUAACUCUCAUAGGUUUGGAGAAAAGUGUUUGACACCCUGUACAUAGUAAUUAUAUAAUAUGUAAAAAAUAAACAAAAAAAUAAUUUGCAGAAAUAAUCUACAGUUACUAGUGUAUCAAAGUUUAAUUUCAAAUGUCAAAUACUAUUAAUUAUAAUUAUUACUAACUGGUUUGGUAAGUUUUUAAGUUUAAUAUUUAAUUAAUGCUAAAAAUGAGAUGCUAAAUUUGAAAAAUUACCAGAAUUUUGUUAUAUAUACAUAAAAAAAACUUUUUAAAAAUCUUAAUUAAUAUUAUUAAUUAAAAAUUAUAAUGCCCGAACCCACAUAAGGAUAUUGACAAAACUAGAUUCUGAAUAGUAGUGUUUGAAUAAAUAUUUAUGUGGUUAAAUAGCCAUAGGAAGAGAUUUCAUUAUUCUUUUAAUAAAAAUAAUGUGAAUAUAGAAAUUUUAUAAUAAUAAAUACUCAUCAAAUCAAAAUUUGUUUAGAAGAUGAAUUAAUUUCCAUUAAAUAAUGAACCUGCAAGAUAUUAAUUGAACACUGCAUAAUCGAAACAAAUGUUCUGUCAUUUACCUAAAUUUUUUAAAAUGAAAAAUCCAGAUCAGAUCUACCAUAGAGCUUGUAACACAUGUUAGGGCAUUUUAACAAGUCGAAAAAAGCUUUGACAUCAAAGCAAUCAGUAGAAUAUUAAAUUAUACCAUAAACCUAACCUAAUCUAGCCCAACCAUAAUCGCAUAGAAUAAUGAAUAUAUUGAGAAAUGAACUUAUAUUUUUACACAUUUCACAACUAGACAUUAUGUUUGAUAAAAUCACGCUAUUAGUCGUUUUUAAUAAUAAUUAUGAAAUAACAGAAAAAUACACGGAAAAAAGUUACCUUCUGAAGAGGAUCCUGUUGAAAAACUUCUGGAUUGAAACUGUAGUUCAAUUGAAAGUAGUAGAUUCCACUUUUUUCUCUGGAUAACCAUAGACCUGUUUAUCUUGAAACACUAAGCGACCAAAAGAGUUGAUUCUGAGUCUUAAGGGGGUAUUCAUAUCUAGAAGCCUAAAAACAUUCUCACUAUCCAUUAAAAAUAAAAAAAAUCAGAAUUUCAAUGAAUUUCAGGCCGGUAAAGAGGGGACUACAAAAAAAACGGGUCAUCCUGGUUGACAAGAUUUGGAACAAAAAAAUUUGAAGAAUUCUUAAUUUGAGAUGUCGCUAUUAGCAAAAAAAUAAAAUGGCAUCGACAUGUACUAUCAAUUUUCUUGCCCCCUUUUUUUGAACUUUUAGAAUUUUAUACUCCAAAUUGAAAAUUUUUAAAAUCCAAGUCAGACGCGACCAAAUUUCAAAGGAAUCGGUCGAGUAGAACAGAUAUCAUGUCAAUCACUUAAAAAAAAUCCGUUUUAAUUUUGAGUAACAAUCUAUAAUUAUAAUUGUAGGUCCUACACGCAGAAAUCUUAAGCUCUUCCACUCUUUCCUAUUUUUUGCUUUCGAUUGCCAUUCCCGAAUUCCUCAGUCUCUCUCUCUCUCUCAUGUCUUCUAUCACCUCUGCGUACCAUCUUUUUCUUUCAAGGAAAUCUGAGUAGACCCAUUGACUCAAGAGCUUUUGGUCAGGGGUCAGAUUUUUUGGCACCAAUUUCGACUUUUGUCAUGUGUAAUUCCUCGAGUAAAAUUUUUCUAACCGUUUCUUUAAUUGCGUUUACAGCCUCAUUCGACGAUCUCCACGCAUAGUUUGGUUGAUUUUGGUCACUGUUUCCGGAGUUGAAACAGUGCGACCUGGGCGCUAGAAAUCUUCAGUGCUCUCUCGGCACUCACUAAAGCGCUUACACCACUCGAAAACACACGCGCGAGAUAGAGAAUUGUCCCCAUAGACCUCUUGCAACAAUUUAUAGCACUCAGUCGGAGUUUUUUAAAAUUUAACGAGAAAUUUGAGAUUGAUAUGUUGCUCUAGUUUUUUGUCACACAUGGUUUUCGACACGAGAAAAAAACACCUUCGUUUCUAACUGCUACUGCACCAAUACUAUAAUAGUGACGGAAACGUGUUUUGGGACGUGCAUAGACAAGAUAUCUAGAAACCCAACGCACUACUCGUUUUUUACCCCACCCGUCUAGGGCGACCUCUGGGCGUUCAGUCUCGUUAUUUAAUAGACAGAUCUCGUAGGUCCAUAGCAUUAGAACUGUUUUGUUUUAACUCAAACAGAAAGCGAGCAGAAGAAGUAUCCAAGUUUUAACAAAUUUUGAAAAUAAUAUUUUCUCAUACAAUCGAAAAUGUUAUUCAUAUUAUUUAAUAACACUGAUCGUACUCUGUAUCUCUUGAACUUGAACGAUUUGUUGAUUCUAUAUUGGUCAUUGUACUUUUUUUCAGUCUAGUCGUUUAAUUAAAUUCAAGUCUUUCUUGCAUAGAUGCGUCUACCUACAUCACUUUCACACACAUACAGUUAUACUUUUGUGAGUUUUAACAUGGACGGAAUCUGUGAUAGAACUGUGAUUUAUUAUAACCGUCUGUGGCUUAAACUCGUUAUAUCGCAUAAUAUUUAUUUAUACAAAUUGUUCAGUUUUUGUAAAAUUAUUGAACAUCAAUUACGAAAUUGACAUUAUUUUAGGUUUAUAAUAGAAAAAGGGCAUAUAGGAAACAGUGAUAACGGUGUUAACAGUCCUGUAGCUAAGUAUCAAGCACCAUAGCAAUUAUAAAUCAAAUGAUUUACUCUCUUAAAGCAAAUCAUCAUCAUUCCGUUUAAUCUCUUGGAUUAUGGCUAGUGCUUGGAGUGUUUACAUAUCCCUUUAUUGGGGUGGAUUACUCCCUUUGUUCUUAUGUUGUUAGUCCUAGCUUCGUUUGUUUUCUGUUUUUGCAUUACGCUUUCCAGUCUACUAUUUCUAGGAUUCUGGUAUUUUCUUCAAUUUGGUUUCUUCAAGUAUUUCUUAGUCUUGGCCAUAGAGGUAUUCAUUGUGUUAUCCUCCUCACCAUUUCUGUAAGUUUCCUUCUCAUGAUGUGUCCUACCCAAUUUAUUGUUUGUGCUUUUUUUUACAUAUCUUAUUAUAUUUUCUCCUCCGAGUUCUUCUAUUUCUUUAUUCUCCUUUAAUCUUCUCUCUCCAUCUCCUGUAAUUUGUGUCCAAGUUCUCAGUUCUCUCGUUUAUCUUCAGAUCUUCUUCUCCCUUUUUAUUCAUGUACGCCAAAUGUUCUAUACCUUUUUUGUAUUCUCUUCUUUCUUUAAACGUGUGUCUUAGAUAAUUAAAAAGGAUACAGUUUCAAAUAUGUAUUUCAGUGUCCUUAGGUGAUCCAUUCUUCUUUCGUCUUGCUUUGAAAUCUUCAUAUAUUUGGUUUUUUCUUGGUUUAGUUCUAGACCAUCUUUUCAUGCUUCUGUUUCCAAUCUGUUUUUGCUUUUCUCAUUACGUUCUCUGAAACAGGAUUUGAGAGAUCGAGUUACCUUGUUUGACUCCUUUGUUUAUUUCUAUUUCUUCUGUUAUCUAUCUAUAUAUCUUAUUUUUACUUUUGCAACUUAUAUUAAUAUAUCCAAUUUUUUGGGUACCUUUAAUUUUUAAAUCUUCUAUCAUCUUUUGUCUAUUUAUUGAGUCGAACGCGCUUUUAAAAUCUUUAAUUAUUAUGUGUAGCUCCCUAUUAUAUUUUGUAUUAUUUUUUGUAUUAUUAUUAUUAUUUUGUAGAUUACGUUGAUUGUGGAUCGUCCUGGUCUGAAUCUAUUUUGGUAGUCUCCCAGUAUGCAUUCUUCGUAUAAUUUAGUUUUGUAUUUAUUAAGCUGGCAUGUAUUUUAUAAGUAAUGUUAAGAAGUGCUAUGGAUCUUUUUACAUUAAUUGUUGAAAAAAUUACAAUUACAUUGGGUACUUUGAAAAUUUUACCUUUAUCUUACUUAGCUUCAUUUAUAAACAAUCAUUAAGCUCUGGUGUCAUUCUUGCUGGUAAACCUGUACAUUAAAUUGAUAUUGUUCAGCUUCCAGUGUUCAACAGAGCUAUAUUGAACAUUAUAAUAAAGUUUGUGGUACAAUAACACCUUCGUUUCAGUUCAUUUUGUAUAUUUGUUGCCCUUUUUAAAACUCUAAUAUAGAUAUUUAAUUGUUUUGUUAAAAUAUUUAGAAUUGAUGUUCAACAUUAUAAUUAGGAAUCUGAAAAAUUUUAAUUAUUCUUAUUUACUUUUGUUAUUUCAUAAAUUUCUUAGUUCUGUUGUGUGACUUAUUUUGUUUAGACCCAAGUGUAAAUACAGGAACAGAAGAAACUUGAUAAGUGAAGUACAAAAUAGUUUUUUUUUUCUUCAAAAUAUAUAUUUUCUUUUGAUUCAUGCGUUAUAAUAUACGGUGUGUGCAAAAAAUACUAUAACGGAUUAAUAACAUAUGUUAUUAAGCCGUUGUUUUACUUUUAGAACACAUUAUAUAUAGUUUUAAAUUUUAGUAAAUAAUAUUUUCUAUAAAUUACAUUUACACAACUAAAACAUAGAAUUAUUUUUAAUUUGGUUUGAAAUAAACAAAAGUUGUAAAUUUUUUUUUCACAAUAUAGAUAAUUAUUUAAGGUACAAAAAAUUGACAUCAAUAAAAUGUAUUAAUAUUCUUAGUAUCGUCGAUGAAAUAUUUCAUGCUUUUUCGUUAGUGUCAAAUCUUAUUUUGAAAAUAUAAUGAAUUUUAUUAUUUCAAAUCCUUAUAUUUCUUAUGGCAUACUGUAUCUUUGAUUAUUACGAACAACCUUGAACUUUUGCUGUUUACUUGUUAAUUAUUUUAUUAUUUGCUUAAAAUGUUCAAUGCAAAUAUUAUUUAUUGACAAAUAUGGAAAAAGCCCCAUUAUAUUAAUAUUCAUAUUAUGACAAUAAUUUAUUUUAUUUCUGGGAAACCAAUACAUAUUUUUCAAAAUUUAUAACACACCUUAUUUGUUGAUUCAUUGGGUUUAUGAUAUUUUACAUUUUUUAAAUUGAUAUUACAUUUGUAAACAGUUUCGUAAUUUUAACAUUUAUAUCAACUUUUAUAAUCUAAUUUUAUUCAGUCCACUAUUGGUUUUCUAAGUUUUGACUCACCUGUAGACGAACUACUUUAAAAAAGUUGAUUGGAUGUUUUUCUUUUACUGGUGAAUGGAAUACAGUUUUAUUGGUGUCAGUUAACUUGAAAAUUGUUGAAAUGCUAUAAAAUCUGUUUAAGAUAUAUAAAAACGAACAAAAUUAUUGUAAAUAUGACAAAAAUAUGGUUAUUUUAUUCCAAAUUAAUGUUUGGUCAUCUAUUUUAUAAAGCAAUUGUUAACUUUAAUCCGUUUGUGUUUAAAACAGGAAGUAAAAAGUACUAUUUGUUUAUAUUGCUUCUGUACAUUUCUAAUUAUGUUUGAAAUUAUUAAAAAAUGGUAUUUUAUAUCAUGGUGCAAAAUUGUUAUGUAGAGUUUCCUUAACAAAUCGAAAAUACAAUAAGAUACAACAUCUUUGUUUGUAUUUAUAAAGGAAUAUUCAAAAUAUGCUGUAUCUGUAAUGUCACAGUUCAUAAUUUUUUCAUUAAUAUUUUCUACAUAGAAGAAUUUGCAUCCUCUUCUAAGAUGCUCGUGAUACUGACUUACUGUUUAUAUAAAAACAUGUAAAAUUCCUUAUAAAAUGUUAUCUAGUUUCUCUAAAACUUUCAAAAAUAUUUUUCUUCAAGUUUUAACAUAUCAAAUUCAACACCAAAUAUAUGUAAAUACUCUUAUUGGGUUGACGACAAGGUAAUUUCGAUUUUAUAGUAUAAAAUAAAACAAAGAAUAGUUUUUAAUCAGUUAUAUAUUUUCUAUUUUGCUUAAUGACCUGCCAUCUUUCUUUCAGCCUCAUGAUUCCGCGCUCAUAAAAUUUCUGAUCCUUAUCAGCAAAAUUCUAAAUCAGGUGCGAUUGAAGGUCAUCGUCAUUGGCAUCACUUCUCAACCAAGCUCGAAUAGUUUCCCACGAGUUGCCAAAGAUGUUUGAGGCCAGCAUUAUCACGGUGGAACACUAAACCUUUCCGAUUUGACAAUUCUGGCCGUUUUUCUUUGUAUUGAUUGCUCCAUCCAGUUUCAUUAAUUGUUGACAGAAAACAUCAGAAUUCAUCGCAGUUCAUCUUUAUAAUAUCACCAAACUAACAGCAUAAGAUUUUUUGUUGUUUUUUAGAACAGUUAUAUAACGAUCCUCUUCAAUUAUGACUUUGAUUUGGUCAUCAUCAACUUCGGUGGGCCGACCAGAAUGUUGUUCAUUAAAGUGAAAUAUGCCGAACAUGUUCGUUUCUGCACUCACUUAAAAUUAACCCACAACUUUAAUAAAAAAAUAACGCACCACUUGCUUCUAAAGUUGCGUCAAUGUGACCAGUAUCAUGUGACAAACGGCAAAGUACAGCACUAACAUAAAAAACCUUAUAUUAUCAGCAGUUGCCAUUUCUGUAGCAUUGUUUUAUUUUCAGUUCUACUGUCUUCAUUUCUUUCUUAGUGUUAUUGGUUCAAGAAACUCUACAAAAAACGUAAGAUUUUGUUAAUAUCUAUUUUUAAUCCCGGCAAGGUAACUUCUAUUUGAAAAAUAGACAUUUACUAGCUAAUAAUUCUGUGAUUCUGACAUAGUUUUAUAUUAUAAAUGUUAAUCAAUAUUAAUCACACUGUAGAAAAGGAUAAUGUUGUUAAACUGAAAUAUUGACUCUACUUAAUAGUUUGCAUUUGAAAAAUUGUUAAUAUUAUAAACCGAAUAAAAAUAUUACUACCUUUUGUUUAAUUUUCAAGGCAUAUGUAUAUAUACUGUUGAAAAAGUUAUUGUUAGUUUACAAAAUUUGGUACUAUGUACUUAUUUAUGAUUAAUAAAUCAACUAAAUAUUAGUAUGUGUUGUUUUCUUUGACUAUUUCCCACACAUUUGCAAGCAGUAUUAAUUUCAAUAGAAGCUCUCUUCAAAUUAUCAAAAUCAAUGGUAUAGAACCAAGUACAAUAAAAUAUUUUCGACGUAAUAUGUCUUCAUCUCGCUGAAAUUUGAUCCAUCCAUAAAUGAUUGAAAUUAUGCAAUACAACGUGCGAAGCAAUGCAAGGCGCAAUAUUUCUUAAUAAAAAGCAUGCAUAUGAUCUUUUCAUGCAAGAUCUCAACUCUCAACAUUAUCGAUUUGGUACCAUACCAUACAUACUUUUGGCUUAACAACCAAGCUAUCCAUCAAGCUCCAAAACCAAGGCAGCAACAGAUAUAAUUAUUGACAGUGAUUCACUAACCACUUUUUCACUUCGUUACUUGAUGCCGCUUGACAUUAUGCAAGACAAUUUGCAAGAAAAUACAUGCCAUUCAAUUCAAUGGACGAAUAUUCCACGUUACCUAACAUUAUGUAAUUUCUAUGCCAUCACGUCACUAUUGCCACUAAUCAAAAUUCCAUAAGUAAAAGUAAACAAUUUCCUAACCUUAGAUUUUAUUGAUGAAGGAACAUUUUACAAACUUCUAAGAAAAUAAAACAUAUGAUA